UGUCUGUGUGUGUGUGUGUGUGUUCAGGAGCUGCAGCUGAAGCAGCCACAGAAAGCUCCGACUCUUCAGCUCGACCGGCUGCUCCUCUCAGCUCGACACGAUGAGAAGUUUGUUCUGUGUGACUCUGCUGCUGCUCCUGGUCUUCACAGCCGAAGCCAACAGAAGAUCCAAACAUCACAAAGGUGGGAAACAGGAGAAGUCUCGACCCACCUCUGAGUGCUCCGCUGCAGAGACCCGGUACGGGAGAUGUGUCCCGGAACACGGAGACUGUGGAGAGGGACUGAGGGAGGCCACGUGUAAAGACCGGACUGAGAAGAUCCACUGCAGGAUCCCCUGCAACUGGAAGAAGGACAUCAGCGACUGUAAGUACAAGUUCGGCCCGUGGGGUUCCUGCGACGCCGCCACCAACACCAAGACCCGGUCCGGAACUCUGAAACGGGCUCUGUUCAACGCCGAGUGCCAGACCACCGUCAAGGUGUCCAAACCCUGUUCCCACAAGACCAGGAAGGUCAAAGGAGAGAAAAAGUCCAACUGAGAAGAAACCAGAAGCAGCAGAACAAUCUUUUCCUCCAGACUCUGAAACUGAUGCUCCUCCUGACCCCUCCAACUCAUGGCCCCACCCACUCUUGACUCCUCCCACAUUUGUAUUCCUUGGAUUAAAGCUUUCUUAGAUGAGUAACGUCGGUCAGUAGUUGAUAGUUUAACAGAUCUGAGAGAAAACUGAUGAAGGUCAGUGGAGUCUUCCUCCUGACUGGUUUGUUUUUAAAAAAUAAAAACAAAAAAAUAUUUUAUUUGAAAAACAGAUUAUUGAUGAAACUUGUACAAAACAACAAAUAAAAUGUUGUUUAUUGUUUUGGUGAAGCUGUUUUUGUCUUAUUGAAUAAAAAAAUUAAAAACCUGCAGAUAAAAAUAAAUCCAAGUUUUUAUUAAAGAGAACUGAGAUUUAAAUUAUGAUUUUAAAGAAAGUCUCUUUGAUCUGAACGUCACAUUAAAGCUCCUGUGACACGUUUUUUUCUUCAGUUACAGAAAAUUAAAUAAAAUAUCCUCAUAUUUGA